CUCUAACAUGUUUAUUUACUUCCGGAUGUCAAAUUGCGAAACGGAAAAAUAAAAUCCAGUUAUUUUGUAAUACUCGUCUUAUUUCUACUUCGAGGACAAGUCAACGUUUGUAUAUUUUACGGGACACAAUUUAGCCAUGACAUCAAAUCAGAUGCCCCCACCUCCAAGUUACGAUGAAAGUGCACAGUACCCAAAUCAAGGCACAGAGUAUCAAAAAGGGUACAACACUGUUGGUCAGCAGCCCCCACUGGUUGGGUAUGCUCCACCCCCUCAAGGCCCACCCCAGGGGUAUGGAUUUGGGGAGCCUCAGGGCCCACCCCAGGGGUAUGCCCUACACCCUCAAGGCCCACCCCAGGGGUAUGGAUAUGAGGAGCCUCAGGGUCAACCCCAGGGAUACGGACAAGCGGGCCAUGGGGAGCCUGAGCUGGCAGCCCCUAAAGCGGAUGAUCGUGGCAUGAAUAUGUUUCAGGAUGAUACAUUCUCAAACAAGACUGUGAGGAGAGGAUUCAUCAAGAAGGUGUAUCUGAUUCUGACUGUACAACUGUUGGUGACAUUUGGUGUGACCACCUGGUUCUCACUAUGGAAGGAUAUUCAUUCCUUUCUUCACAGCUCUGGUGGGGUCGCAGCCUACUAUGUGUCAUAUGCGACUUUCCUGGUGACAUACUUUGUUCUGGUCUGCUGUCCAGGAGUGAGGAGAAAGCAUCCAGGAAACCUGAUAUGUCUGGGAAUAUUUACGCUGGCCUUCACAUACAUGGUGGCGAUGAUUGCAUCUUUCUACGACACAAAGAUCGUGAUGGUGGCUGCUGGCAUCACCACUCUCGUGUGUCUGGCUAUCUCCAUCUUUGCCAUCCAGACAAAGAUUGACUUCACGAUGUGUUCCGGACUGCUGUUUGCCCUGGUGAUGGUUCUCUUCUUAUUCGGUAUAGCCUGUAUGAUCACCUACCUUACUGUUGGAUACAGCCUGAUCAUGGAUUGUGUGUAUGGAGGACUGGCAGCUCUGGUCUUUUCCCUGUUUCUGAUCUAUGACACUCAGAUGAUUGUUGGCGGCAGAAAGCAUGAGCUGAGCCCAGAGGAAUACGUUUAUGGAGCCCUUCAGCUCUACAUUGAUGUCGUCUACAUUUUCCUCAUCAUUCUUUCCUUCUUUGGAAAGAAGUAGACAGUCAAGUCUGUCAAUUAGAUAGAAGCUUGAAUUUGUCAAGAGUCAAGAGGAGCUUGAUAUAUCUGGGUUGACAGAAGCUUACUAAGUUGAAGACAUUUAAUGUAGGCAGACUCUUGAAUGUGAAUGUUUUGACCCUACUUGACACAACUUUUUUGAGCUGUUACCUUUAUCCACUUAACUAUUUAUUUAUUUCCAUUUAGUAUAUAUUUGAUUAAGUCAAUAUAAAGUGUCAUAACACACUUUUUUUAUCUCAGUUAUGGAAAGAGUAUUUAAUGUUAGUUAUGGAAAUAUUUUUUUUUUAAAGACCUAAAAAAGUAUACUUCAGCUCAUUCUUAAACAGCAUUGUUGACUUAUUAUGUUUCUUGUUUGUGAAGUUUAUUUUCUUACUUUGUAAAGAAAUCACUGCUUACAAUCUAGUGCAUAUUAAUCGAGAUCAAUGCUUUUAUAUUUGUAUCAUUUUUAACCAGGUUUUCAACGAAAAUCGGGUUAUUAGAAUGAGGUUGUCGUUGGACGGGCGGGCGGGCGUCAAACAUUGGUUUCUGUUCAAUAACUUUAGUUAGCAUUGAUAGAUAUUGAUGAAACUUGGUGUGUAGGUAGCUUAUGGGAAGAGCUAGCUUGGGUUUGCUUUUAAGGGGGGUGGGGCUAAGGUCAAGGUCACUGUUACUAAAAAUAGAAAAAUGGUUUCUGCCCAAUAACUUUAGUUAGCAUUCAUAGAUAAUGACAAAACUUGGUGUGUAAGUUGCUUAUGUGAAGAGCUAGCUUGGGAUUGCUUUUGAGUGGGGAGGGGCUAAGGUCAAGGUCACUUUUACUUAAAAUAGAAAAAUGGUUUCUGCCCAAUAACUUUAGUUAGCAUUGACCGAUACUGAUGAAACUUGGUGUGUAAGUUGCUUAUGUGAAGAGCUAGCUUGGGAUUGCUUUUGAGUGGGGAGGGGCUAAGGUCAAGGUCACUAUUACUUAAAAUAGAAAAAUGGUCAUGGUCACUGUUACUAAAAAUAGAAAAAUGGUUUCUGCCCAAUAACUUUAGUUAGCAUUGACCUAUAUUGAUGAAACUUGGUGUGUAGGUAGCUUAUGUACAGAGCUAGCUUGGGAUUGCUUUUGAGGAGGGUGGGGCUAAGGUCAAGGUCGCCUGUUACUAAAAAUAGAAAAAUGGUCUCUGCCCAAUAACAUAAGUUAACAUUGAUAGAUAUUGAUGAAACUUAGUGUGUAGGUAGCUUAUGUGAAGAGCUAGCUUGGGAUUGCUUUUGAGUGGGGAGGGGCUAAGGUCAAGGGAACUAUUACUAAAAAUAGAAAAAUGGUUUUGGCCCAAUAACUUUAGUUAGGAUUGACAGAUAUUGAUGAAACUUGGUGUGUAGGCAGCAUGUGAAGAGCUAGCUUGGGAUUGCUUUUGAGGGGGGUGGGGCUAAGGUCAAGGUCACUGUUACUAAAAAUUAAAAAAUGGUGUCCGCCCAAUAACUUUAGUUAGCAUUGAUAGAUAUUGAUAAAACUUGGUGUGUAGGUAGCUUAUGUACAGAGCUAGCUUGGGAUUGCUUUUGAGGGGGAUGGAGCUAAGGUCAAGGUCACUGUUACUAAAAAUAGAAAAAUGGUUUCUGCCCAAUAACUUUAGUUAGGAUUGAUAGAUAUUGACCAAAUUUUGUAUGUAGGUACUAGAAGCUUAUGUGAAGAGCAAGCUUGGAAUUUCUUUUGAGGGGGUGGGGUCAAGGUCACUGUUACUAAAAAUAGAAAAAUGGUUUCUGCCCAUUAACUUUAGUUAGCAUCGAUAGAUAUUGAUGAAACUUAGAGCGAUGGUAGCUUAUGUGAAGAGCUAGCUUGGGAGGUGGGGUCAAUGUCACUGUUCCUAAAAAUAGAAAAAUGGUUUUGGCCCAAUAACUUUAGUUAGGAUUGACAGAUAUUGAUGAAACUUGGUGUGUAGGCAGCAUGUGAAGAGCUAGCUUGGGAUUGCUUUUGAGGGGGGUGGGGCUAAGGUCGAGGUCACUGUUACUAAAAAUUAAAAAAUGGUGUCCGCCCAAUAACUUUAGUUAGCAUUGAUAGAUAUUGAUAAAACUUGGUGUGUAGGUAGCUUAUGUACAGAGCUAGCUUGGGAUUGCUUUUGAGGGGGAUGGAGCUAAGGUCAAGGUCACUGUUACUAAAAAUAGGAAAAUGGUUUCUGCCCAAUAACUUUAGUUAGGAUUGAUAGAUAUUGACCAAAUUUUGUAUGUAGGUACUAGUAGCUUAUGUGAAGAGCAAGCUUGGAAUUUCUUUUGAGGGGGUGGGGUCAAGGUCACUGUUACUAAAAAUAGAAAAAUGGUUUCUGCCCAUUAACUUUAGUUAGCAUCGAUAGAUAUUGAUGAAACUUAGAGCGAUGGUAGCUUAUGUGAAGAGCUAGCUUGGGAGGUGGGGUCAAUGUCACUGUUCCUAAAAAUAGAAAAAUGUUUUUCUGCCCAACAACUUAGUUAGAAUUGAUGGAUAGUGAUGAAUUUUAGUGUGAAUAUAGCCUAUAUGAAGCUGCAGAAUGAACUUGCUCAUACAACAAAUUAAUUGGCUAUAAUUUCUGAUUGGCCAUAACAAAAACCUGGUUUCAUCGCAUUGCGGUGCUUCUAGUUAUCUUUAUAAGUAUAUUUCAUUCAGUCAUCAAUUUGAGUAUUUCUAUUUUAAUUAUAUUUAUUCUAUGUAUAUAUAUAUAUAUAUAUAUAUAUACAGCUCAGAAUGAAAACCAACAUAAAACACAGAUUGUAUAGUAAGCAUUCGAUACACAUGGGUCAAUUAAUAUGUCAUUUGAAAACAACAGGUGAACAAACAUUAUGACCCUGUCAAGAUUAUUAUUUUUCAAUGAUCUUGAUUUUAAAUAUUGUUGUUGUAAUUCAUACCUAAUUGUUGUUCAAUUUUCUUGUCCAUGUUGUAGUGCAAAUCUCUGUUAUCUCCAAUUACCAGGUCUUACAGAAUGUAAAAAUCCCACCAAUUAAGACAGAUUCCUCCAUCAAUUUAUAAAAAUCCACCCCACCACCACCAUUUUUUGCAUAGGUGAAAAAGAAAAAAACGCCAAUAUGAUAUUCAUCUUUUCUUGCUGGUUUAUGAAAGAUAUAGAAUGCCAUUUCAAUAAAGCGCAAUCAAAUAUAAAUGUUUGCAAGACUUUUAAUUAAAAUUGAAAAUAAUUCAUCGUAAAAAACGCUAUUUUUAGUUAUUUGAAAUUACUGCGCUCUAUGACGUCAGUAAAUAACGUCGCACGCGCUUUUUUGUGUAAAUGUACGAAAGUUCGUUUUCUACGUCAUUUUUUCAAUAAAUUCAUAAUUUUAGGUAUGCAAGAAAUAAAUAUCAAUCAUGUUUUUUUGGUCCGGAUCGAAAAAUCCAACCCUUGGGCACGCUGCGUGAUCGGUAACUCGGCAAGCCUCGUGACCGGCUAACGCGCGUGCCCUCAGGUCGGAUUUUUCUAUCCGUACCGGAAACACAUAAUAGAUACUUAUACUCUUAUACUCUUACACUGGACCACAACUGUUCAAUUAUAUAGUCUCCAUAAAAGCAGAAAUCUUACUUCAUCUGCGACAGAACUGUUUGCACUAAUAAAUUUUCAAACUAUUCAGUUGAAUGUUUAUGAAGUGCAUAUGGUAAAUAUUUUUUUAAUCGGCAAUCAAGUAAUUAUUUCAUGAACAGUCAGGUAUUUAUUUCAUGAACAGUUUAGUAUUUAUUGAAUGAACAGUCUAGUAUCUAUUUAAUUAACAGUCAAGUAUUUAUUUAAUGAACAGCAUACAUGCCAUAUCCCCCGGUGGGGGGGGGGAAUCCCCUACAAUUCCGACCUAUCCCCUGGUCCCCCGCUAUCGAUAUUGCCUGGAAUUUAAGAAAAAUAAAAUAUAUACAUAUAUAUUUUUUUUUUGAGAAACUAGCUUAAAGUUGACAGUGGAAAGCAGCCAUAAUAUUAUGAGUGUGAAAUUCCAUGAAGGAUCAUGAUGACUAAGUCCAAAAAUUAUUGUAAUUAGAGUGUAUUUCUGUAAUAUUUCCUAUAUCAUAAAUGUAGAUAUUGUGCUAAAUUUUGUUGCGUAAAAAUCCCCUUGUGUAAUAUCAAAAUCCCCUGGAAUUCAGACCAAAAUCCCCUGGGAAGCCUCUCAGAAAUAUGGCAUGUAUGGAACAGCCAAGUAUUUAUUUCAUCAACAAUCAAGUAUAUAAUUCAUGAAAAGUCAAGAAUUUAUUUAAUGAACAGUUAGAUAUUUAUUUCAUGAACUGUCAAGCAUUUGUUUCUUUAAUAAUAUUCAUAGAUUUUUGACAGUUACUCUACAAUGUUUCAGAUUCAGAUUUUGUGGUUUUAAGGUUGUUUGUUGUUCGAUGAUGUUGGGUGAUUGUUUUUAUGCCCCCCGAAGGUGGGCAUAUUAAAAUCGCACCCUCCGUCCGUCCGUCUGUCCGUCCGGCUCUGUAACUUUCCCUUGUAUGGACAGAUUUUGAAAUAACUUGCCACAUGUAUUCCACAUACCAAGACGACGUGUGGCGUGCAAGACACUUGUCCCUACCUCAAAGGUCAAGGUCACACUUAGUGUUUAUUCACAAUGGAGUGCUGCAUAUAAGGACAUAGAGUAUAGGUUGUCGUGUCCGGGCUGUAACUUUCCCUUGUAUGGACAGAUUUUAAAAUAACUUGCCACAUGUGUUCCACAUACCAAGACGACGUGUCACGUGCAAGACCCGUGUCCCUGCCUCAAAGGUCAAGGUCACACUUAGUGUUUAUUCACAAUGGAAUGCUGCAUAUAAGGACAUAGAGUAUAGGUUGUCGUAUCCGGGCUGUAACUUUCCCUUGUAUGGAAAGAUUUUAAAACUUGCCACAUGUGUUUCACAUAUGAAGACGACGUGUCGUGUGCAAGACCCAUGUCCCUACCUCACGUAAUUGACACGUAAAGGCAAGAUCAACUUUUCAUGUACUGACCUUGUUCAUAGGUCAAUGUCACAUUCGGGGGCAUUCGUCACAUACUGUGACAGCUCUUGUUUUUCUUAAAAUAAGAAAUUAAUUUUCAUAUUUUUACGAAUUUCUGUUUUAAAGUGUUCCAUUUUGCACUUUAUUAAAUGACAUUUCACACCAUCUUUGAUGAAUAAAUAUAGAAUAUAAGGUAACUAUUAAUUAAUAAUUUGUUAGGUAUUUCUUGACCCAAUAUACUAGUGACCCGCAUGUUUUUUAGCCUAAGUGGUGAUCAUAAUUAAACAAAUUAAUCACAGUUUUAAGGGGUUAAGAAGUAAAGAAAACACACUACCUACCUACUUCUAAGAUUGUUUUUCAGGGAAAUGCCUAACAAAAUUUUAACUGUGGCCUUGACAACCAAAGUUUUUUUACAAUUGCAGAACAUGCAUUUGGAAACCACAUUAAGCAUCAAAAAUGCUAUUUCUGAAACAUUUUGUGUUGACAUUCAUUUGGCCAUGCUCUUGUACAUAUAAUACUGUUUAUUGAAAUGGCUGACAAUUAGAAUUAUUGUCUUCGGACAAUGUGACAUGUUUGUCAAUUUAUAUUUGUAAAUAGUAUUAAAUCAUAGUUGUUAUGAAGUUUUGUCUGAAUUUUGUAUUGUUCCUUCUAAUAUACUGUUACUUGUCGUUUCGUAUUUUUACUCCAAACAUUGAAGUACUUGUAUUCGACAUUGUUAUGUAGUUUAGAAUGUAUUUCACAUUCUUAAAACUCUGAAUGAUGAAAAUUUAUUCCAUGAUCAACGUCAGUUUCAAACAUUAUUGUUAUUCAUAAAUCAUUACCGUAUAUUUUACUGCUUACCGUAGUUGUGAGUUUGAGCCCCAAAUGGGGAAAUUUUCAUGGCUUUUCAAAAUGGAAACCAGUGCUAUUUUCCAUCAAGGUGACCGGUAUGUAAUGCUAUUUUCUAUAAGCAUUAUGAUGAUAAGUUAAGGUCUAGCUAAAAAAAUUAUUUUUAUUUGUAACUGACUUAAUACCUCAAUUGAGUUCUUUAAUCUUUUUAUGCCUAUUUUGUGUGUUGUAGAUUAGCAGUGUUGUAACACUUGCAUUCAGUAUUGUUCAUGAAAUUUUGUCUUUAAAACAUUAGAUGGAAAACAAAUACUGUUGAACAUAACCAUGGUGAAAAUUUCAGUUUUGAUAAUUAACAAUGUACUUAAAUCAUGCUACCAAUCUAUUGAAAUGUAGUUAUACAUUUUAUAUUGAUUCUUUUUAUGACUUUAUAAUGACUUCAUACUAAAACUACAAUCAUUCUUAUAUUGAACACAAAAGAUUGAAAACAUAUUGAUUCAAAUGUCAGAAUCAAAGCUCAGUUAAUUGUAUUUCAUUAAAACUGGUGUUUCCACUAAGUUUUCACAGAAACUGUUGUAAAAAAUUAUAUAACUCCACUACCAUGAUGUUAAAAAUUGUUGAGAUACUGCUUCUAUUUAGCCGUAGUUUUCUAGUCAUAUUGCUAUUUUUAGUAUGGGUAAAUGUUUGCUAAUACACAGGCUUAACUUGAGCAAUUACUUUGAUUUGAUAAUUGAAAACUAACAAACAUAACUUGAUUUAGUGUUCGAAAUUAGAUCUUGUCUACUGCACAAGCCACUAUAUAAAUCAACCUGGUCAUAUUCAAUAACAGCUGACAGCUGAUUUACCAAAAUAAAUGUUCAUUUGAUUUGAAAAAAUACUUUAGCCCUACCAAUGGACAAAAUAUUAUUUUGAACACUAAGAAUGGUUUAUUGUUGAAAGAUACAUGUAUUUUAAAUUGACAAAUAUUAUGAAUUUUACUUAUGUUUAAAACACCAUUUCAAUGUUGAACAAAAUGGACAAGCUUAAGUAUUUCAUGUUAAAAGUUUUGUUUUUUUUAAAUAAUUAUGUAUAGUCCUUUUAGGAAAAAAAAUCAUGACUGAGCAGUUUAACUAUUGUUGAUUACUCUGAUAUUUAUCAAUAUAAUUUUAUUUAUAUUUCUAAGUAUUAUUUUUUUAUACGAGAAUGUAUAUACAUAGUACAUUUCUAUCUAUAAGCACCAUAAUGACUUCAUUUUGUUUUAUUUAUCGGUUUCUUGAUUGUUUAAAGUAGUUUGAAAUAAAGUAAAAGGUUAAGGUAGUUACCCCAUGGCCCCCUUUCGUAAAAAAUCUCCUUUAUUUUCAACGUUGAAUACUGGGUAAUGAAUGAUUUUAAAGGUUUUGUACUAAAAUGUAGUUUUUUAGUUUCUGUGUACCACAUACCAUCCACUUGCGUCUUGGUAUAGAAAAAUAGUGGUCGUUGGGACCACUUCAAAAAAGAUCUUAGUCAGUUUUAGUCGUAAAUAGAAAUAAGCUUAGUGACAUUGUCUCAUUAUUUCAUAUUGGUAUAUGGUGUCCUGAACUUGAGCCAGUAGUAAAGUUGAACACUAAGUUGAGGAAAGAAAAACAUCAAUGUGUUCCCAUUUGUGACGUUUAAGAUUAUUUAAGUUACGACUAAAAUUCUUAUUGAAACAGCCUCCCAAAUUCUGCGUUCAAAAAUGGCGAGUCAUUCUCAGUGUUACCUCAGUAAUUUGGAUUGCUUUCACCACUUUAUACCACUUUUAUUUAAACAAAUUUGAAUCCAUGUGUUACAAUUUCCUACACCGAUAUUUGUCAGGCAUGAAAUUGGAAAUGUUUAACCUGAAAUGUUCUUUGCAAAUUGCAUUUUCACAGAACCAACCUCUGUUUAAUAAAAUAUUAUCAUUGAA